GGGGGCAGAAAGUCAGCAAGAGAGCCAGGUCACUUCCUUUCAACCGCCUUUGACAAAGCAGAGAGUUUCAGAACUAAAUCCAGCAUAAAGAAAACUAAGGAGAAUGAGGAGGACAUUUGAGUGUAAUGAAUCCAUGAUCAUCACUAUUCCCAUCGGGAAUCUCAAGGAUGCUGGAGCAGGUCAACUGAUGCCGGAGAAAUUCAUCUGUAUGUUCAGAGAUUCCUACAAAGUCUUUGUCUGCAAUGGAAAACCAAAGCCUCUCGGAGCAGCUCAAGCCAUGACUGGACUGCUUCUUUGUACCAUUGGUCUGGUUGUGUUUGACUGGAACACUGUGGUCUACACUCUACCGAGUGCUCUGUUUGUGGUCUCUGGUUUGCUGUCCUAUGCUGCAGGAACAGCUCCACACAUGAACCUGGUGAAGUUGUCAUUCUCCCUGAACAUUUUAAGCUUCUUCUGGUCAAUUGCUGCAUUUUCUAUCAGCAUGAUCCACUUUCACUCUUUAUCAACUUACAAACAAAACCAUGUCAAAAUGCAUCAGGGUGUCACUGGAUUGAUCAUGAGUCUCCUGGUUGUUGAAAACAUUACAGCCCUGUUUUUGAUCUACUGGCUGAGUAAAGCUGUGUGCAGACAACAAUUCAACACCUUGCCCAUUAUACGGCUGAAACAGGGAGACUGAAGCAAAACGCUCGCUGGAGAUCAAGUCAAGACCCAACCUGAUAUUUGAACUUAACUUUCUGAUCAUAUUUAAACAAAACAAAAAAUUACUUAUUAAAAAAUAAUUCAGCAGUAUAUUCUGUAUAUCACCAAAUUUAUGUUGAUGAAUAUUAAAUGUAAUUCCUGUUACUUUUGUUUUGUACAAUUUCCUUUUACAUUAACAAGCUACAUUUUCCCACCACAUAUGUAAUAACUUUAUAUUGAUAUUUGAACGCUGCUGUUCUCUCUCGCUCUCUAGAUAUGUAUAUAUAUAUUGAUAUAUAUAUAUACAUAUAGAUAUAUGUAAAUAUGAAUGUAUUGCCUUGCUUGAUUUCAUGCCUGUAUUUAUGAGUUGAUGAGAAGCUUGUUCUCUCAUGAUUCUUUCAUGUCAUUAAAAAUUCAAAGAUA